AUGGGACCAGGACAAGCCACGGAGAACCUGCUAUCAAAAGUGCAGUGCCCAAAUCGCCACAAAACAGUGUCCAAAAGAUCUGUUCAAAAGGUGAACAAAUGCAUUCAAGUUGACAUGGAUUUGGAAGAGGAGAACCCCAGUACAGAUCUGAGCCUUUCUCCAACAACUGGCCUUUCUGGGAAGCUGCAUCAAUCUCCAGGGAACACAUCACCUUCCCAGCAAGGUGCUUCCUCAUCCUCUCAAGGACAGUCUGCCAUGCCAGCUCUGCUACCACCGCUGCCAGCCCCCCCACCCAUACCCCCUGGGCAUAAGGUGCCUCCUCCACCCCUUCCCAUCCCUGGCAUAAAGACCUCAUCACUCCCACCUCCCCAGUCAUGCAGUAAUCCCUUGUGCAAUCAUCUUACUUGUGGAUAUGGGAGGCAGCCCCACCCUAAGAAGACACCAACACUGAAGAUGAAGGUGUUUCACUGGCAGAAGCUCCCCUCUGACGUGGUGAGACAAAGCCACUCCAUGUGGGCUGUGAUGCCAAACAGCAGCACAGAGCUUGUAGAGCCUGACUACGCAAGCUUGGAGCUACUUUUCUCUGUCCCACCAACAGCACCUAAGGAGAAAAUGGGGCCAAAAAUAAAGAAAACAAAAGAGAUCACAUAUAUAGGUCCAAAGAAAAGCCUCCUUCUGAGUAUAUUUCUGAAGCAAUUUAAGUGUUCCAAUGAAGAGAUUGCUGACAUGAUUCAGAAAGGGGAUAGAUCCAGACUGGAUGCUGAGAUACUGAAGCAGCUACUUAAACUGCUGCCUGAAGACCAUGAGAUAAAUAGCCUGAAGUCUUGCAAAGAAGAAAAAUCAGAGUUAGCAAAUGCAGAUCAGUUUUAUCUCCUUCUCUUGGAAGUUCCUAGCUACCAGUUGCGGAUUGAAUGUAUGCUGAUUUGUGAAGAAACAAAAAUUCUGCUGGAGUGUCUGUGGCCAAAAGCACAAGCCAUCAGGACAGCCUGUGAAACACUUCUUACCAGUCACCGACUGCCAGUUUUCUGCCAAUUGAUUCUUAAAGUUGGAAACUUUCUGAACUAUGGGCAUCACACUGGAGAUGCUGGAGGCUUUAGAAUUAGUGCCUUGCUCAGACUAACAGAAACAAAAGCAAACCGAAGCCCCAUUACUCUGCUUCACCACAUUUUGGAGGAGAUUGAAAAAAACCACACAGACCUGCUGCAGCUUCCCAGAGAUCUUGACUUUGUUUCCAAGGCAGCAGGAAUCCACUUUGAUGUUAUGCAGGCUGAGGCAGGUGCCAAUUUGAAGAAACUGCUGGAAAUAGAGAAGCGUUUAUUUUUGUCGACAGAUGAUUUAAAAAUACAGCAUGCAAAAUCUGUUCAAGGCGGUCUCGAUGCUUUAAAGGACCUGCAGAAGGAGUUUGCCACCAUUGAAAAGAAGAAGGAAGAACUUGCUGAUUAUCUUUGUGAAGACCGAAAAAAAUUGUCUUUGGAAGAUGUAUUUAACACAAUGAAAACCUUCAGAGAGCUCUUCCUCAAGGUUUUACAGGAAAAUCAAGAAAGGAAGGAGCAAGCUGCAAAGUCUGAGAAAAGGAAGAAACAGCUUAAAGGAGAAGACAUGAAGAGGCUAAAGGGAGAGUAUGGAAAGAGCAGUACAUUUAACAAAAAUUAA